GCGGAAUAAUUAGCUAUUUAUAUAGGGUCUCGUCAUUUUGAAAAAUGAAAACUUUCAUUUUCAACAUCGUCUGUCUUCUUUCAAUAAUAUCCAGCCAUAUCUUUGUAACUUUCUUCUCUACAGCUUUACCUCAAGCCAUGGAUUCUUUUUCACUAAAAUAUUUAGAGCCUGGAAAGCUUAUGUUGAACUCCGGUCUCUUACAAAAGUCAUGGCGUAGAAUCUCUGAGGCAUAUGAAUCAACCAAUCGUAAUCAAGCUCCAGGUCUAGUAUUCAAGACUUACCAAGAAGCGAGGUACACAAUUGUGGUUUUCGUCGCACAGCCGAUUCACACAAACUAUCCUUUAGAUUCUGUUCUCACUCCUCUUUCUGGGACACCAGAUCAGAAUCCAUUUCAUUUUCUAUGCCUUGAGAAGAUCCCCCUUGAGAAUAUCCCCUCAUUCUCCCUUCACACACCUGCUUAUCAGCUUUUUGACUCUGCCAAAAACGAUCUUAUUCACCUCAAAUCAGAGUUGCUAAAGUCCGAGAAACAUGUGAUCAUAACCGGAGCUGUGUUAGGAGGAUCGGUCGCUUCUCUCUUUACACUAUGGCUUCUAGAGACAAUCGACCCAAAACUAAGACGUCCCUUGUGCAUCACAUUUGGCUCGCCUUUAAUUGGAGACGCUAAGCUGCAACAGAUUCUUGAGAACUCCUUGAGGAACUCAUGUUUCCUUCACGUGGCUGACGCUGCACAGCCACUCAUAACCCAAGGUUUCAAGCCUUUUGGAACGUUCUUGAUUUGUUUGGGCUCCCAGUACAUUUGUAUCGACGACCCUGAGACGGUCACUGAGUUACUAAGCGGCGUUAAUAAUGGGGAUGUACUACUAGGCUGGAGAGACUACGGCCAAGUUCUUGGUCGUCUGGCUCAACCGUCAGCGGUGGAUCCAAGAUUGAUGAUUGAUGAUGGCGUUAUCAACCGAAUGGCGGAACGUGCUGAGAAAAAGAAGCUGCGUUAUGAUCCGCUUACGAAGCUAAACCACAUGAAAAUAGAAAUGAUGUAUUUAGAGUGGUACAAAAAGAAAAGCGAGAUGGGUUACUACGACCGGUUCAAGACAAUGAUGAAGUCUCCUAAUUCAACGGUGGAUAUGGUUUUUCAGAGGCGCAAAAAGGAGCUAAACGAGUACUGGAGAUCAUUGGUUGCAGAAGUGGAGAAGAUGCCUCAGAGCGAAAAGUCACUUCUCAAGACCAGGUCUCUCUUCGCGGGGAACAACUACAGACGGAUAGUCGAGCCGCUCGACAUUGCUGAGUAUUACCUCAGUGGUAAGAGAGAGUAUCGGACCACUGGAAGGUCUCGCCACUACGAAAUGCUCGAGAAAUGGUUUGAGGCGGAGAAGAUUAAACAAAAGAUUAAACCGGUGAGAUGGGAAGGGAGAGACUUGAGUGAUCUUUUGAUGUUUGAUUCUUGUUUCUGGGCUGAAGUUGAGGAAGCUAUACUUCUAAACAAUGAUCUGAGCACACAAUUGGUGGGGAGAGAGGUGUUGUUUGAAAAGCUCAUGAGGUUUGAAGAAUACGUGUGGAAGAUGAUAGAAAAGCGUGAGGUUUCGCCAGAGAUAUUCUUGGAGGAAAGCAGUUUCAUGAAGUGGUGGAGAGAGUACAAGGAGAUCAAAGGCUUACAUGCUCCACCUACCUACUUCACCGAGUUUAUGAACUCUAGGAGAUAUCAGAGUUAUGGUAAAGCCUGCUGAUGAUGAAUGUUGUACUGAGAGUCUGUUACGUAUGAGGAAAGGCACCCACCAAUCCUUUAUCAUUACAAGAGAAGAGGACGUAAGGAGGGAAGGGGCUUGAAGGAAGAUUAAGUCCAAGCCCAUGAAGGAGACUAAAUAAGACUACUUGGCGGGCAAGGAGUCUAGUAGAAGUAGUUGCUAUUGUGUCAAUAAGACAAAGGGGACUGGCGCACAUAGAGUGUUGGAUCAGGAGCCUGUGUGACGAGAAGGAAUAUCUCCUUUAUAUGUCAAGUGAGUGUGUCUAGGAGGCGAUAUCAAAUUAUUGGUCAUCAUGUUCAUGUCAUGUUAGAGAGAGAGUUGAGGCUUUUCUUUCUAUUGUCACCGUUCUUGAAGAUCAAUACAAUCAGAGUUUUCUUUUAA